AUGGCUUCUUGUUCAGAGGAGGAUCUGUGCUGUUCUGUCUGCUCUGACAUCUUCAAACAUCCUGUGAUCCUGUCAUGUAGCCACAGCUUCUGUGAAGCCUGUCUGCAGAGGUGGUGGAGAGAGAAGCAGGCUCAGCAGUGUCCAUUCUGUAAGAGACCGUCAGAGUCAGAACCUCUGUGUAACCUGGAAUUAGAGAACUUGUGUGAGGCCUUACUGCAGAAAGAUCAGAGAGCUUCAUCGGACUCUGAGGAUCUCAGACCCAUUGAUGAAGCUGCAAUAGAACGCAAAGAAGAUCUCGAGGAUUUCCUGAAGCCCUUGGAGGAUAAACUGGAGUGCUGUAAUAAUGUCAAACAAAACUGGGAUGAAACAGGAAAACACAUCAAGGCCCAGGCUGAGGACACAGAGAGGCAGAUAAAGGAGCAGUUCAAAAAGCUUCACCGGUUUCUAGAAGAGGAAGAGGAGGCCAGAGUCUCUGCACUGAGGGAGGAAGAGCAGCAGAAGAGUCAGAGGAUGAAGGAGGAGAUGGAGGCUCUGAGCAGAGAGAUAGCAGCUCUUUCAGAUACAGUCAGAGCCACAGAUGAGGAGCUGAAGAGUCAGAGGAUGAAGGAGGAGAUGGAGGCUCUGAGCAGAGAGAUAGCAGCUCUUUCAGAUACAGUCAGAGCCACAGAUGAGGAGCUGGUAGCUUCACAUGUCUCAUUCCUGAAAAACUACAAGGCUGCAUGGGAAAGAGUUGAGCAGCACUCCCUGGAGGAGCCAAAGCUGCCAUCAGGAGCUCUGAUAGAUGUGGCCAAACACCUGGGCAACCUGAGCUUCAACAUCUGGAACAAGAUGAAGGGCGUGGUCUCCUACAGUCCUGUGAUCCUGGACCCAAACACUGUUGGUUCAGGACUCAUCGUGUCUGAAGAUCUGACCUGCAUGAGACAAGGAGAGGAGGAGCAGCCGCUUCCUGAUAAUCCAGAGAGGCUCAAAGGUCGGGGCUCUGUCCUGAGCUCUGAGGGCUUCAACUCAGGGACUCACAGCUGGGACGUCGAGGUUGGACAGGACACAAUCUGGGACGUGGCUGUGUGUGAGGAGUCUGCAGUCAGGAGUCGAUACAUUUACUCUAGAUUGUUGGGCAUACGGUUGUUUGAUGAUGAAUACACACUAUGCACUCCGUCAUGUAAUCCCGUUGAUCUAUCAGUGAUAGGACGACCUCAGAGGAUCAGAGUGAAUCUGGACUGGGACAGAGGAAAGCUGUCAUUCUCUGAUCCUGACACUAACACACACAUACACACCUUCACACACACUUUCACUGAAAAGCUGUUUCCAUACAUUUGGUGUGGAGAGUCAGCUGCUCUGAAGAUAUUACCACUGAAGGUCUCUGUAACAGUGGAGCACUGAAGGUGGAGAUUACG